UGCUGGUGAACAAAAAUGAGGAAGGAUUAAGUCAGGCAGCCUUGACUCGUAUCACACUUGUUGAAUCUUGAAAACUAAGAUCAGGUCCACAACAAGGUACUGAAAACCUACAGAAUGAACUUGAAAUUAAUGCUUCUUGUCUCUGGAGCUUUUUGCAUCUGUGCAGAAGGCAGUCACACAAUUUGUGGUGUCUUGGGUUGCUUUGACUCAAGUGAUACCCAGCAUUAUAUGACAUUAGAUGAAGAAUUUGUUUAUGUAAACUUAAAAAAAGACCCUGCUGUUUGGGAAAGCAAAAUACCAACAUAUUUACGUCUUGAAGAUGUUCUCGAAUAUGUAAAAGCAGCCCAGCAGGACUGUAAGAUACACUUAAGCGAAUGGAAACCAGACACUUCAGUUAUAAAGACUAAAAACCCACCAGACAUUGUGAUUUUCCCCAGAAAUGAGGUGGUUGUUCGUAAAGAGAAUACCCUCAUUUGCUUCAUCAACAACUUCUUCCCCCCAGAGAUCAACAUCACAUGGACCAAGAAUGAUGAAAUAAUUUCAACAGAAGACCCUUUCACUCAAACUGUAUCUAAUUCGGAUGGGUUGUUUCAUGUUUUCUCCUAUCUAAACUUUGUUCCAAAGGAUGGAGACAACUACAGCUGCACGGUGGAACACGCAGCUCUGGAGCAACCAAAGACCAGGUUUUGGGACCUUGAAGGAGAAGAGCAUAAGAAGAUCAGUGACAGUGGUCCAGCUGUCUUCUGUGGGAUUGCCGUGACUCUUGGACUUUUCGGAAUUGCUGCAGGAACAUUCUUUUUUGUGAAAGGACAAAAACAUCACAGCAACCUGUAUUGAGUGUUGUGAUUAACAUAUUAUAUUUCGGAAAAUAAUACAUAUCAGAAAAUGUUGGUAACAGUUUUUUGCUCUUUUAAGGCCAUACUAUGCUACUUUUUAAAAUCUUUAAAUCAUUUCUUGGGCCAGCAUAUGCUAGAAUUCCCCUUUACAAGGUUAAUGACAUGUCACACUGCUUUCUAUGGACACAAUAUUGCACUUGCAAUUUCAGAGAUGCCAGUCGGACACUAUUAGACUUAAGUGGAGCUGAUUUGCCAGAGCUGGAGUCUGCCUUCAGCACAUUUCCUGCAUGCUUUACAUCGAGAACACAGCUGAUUUGUUUGAUUUAGUGAUGGACCGGCCCUCUAGAAACUAAUGAAGGCUGAGGAGACAUUUCAGGUGUUAGAUUAAGGUGUUAAAAGACAAACGCCCAGCAAGAGAUAAGUUGCACUUUUGUUUUGGCCACUAGGGGGUGCUAAAACAAGCCUAAACUGCUUUUGACCCAACUUUUUAUAUACCACGCACAUAUUAUACAUCAAACUCUUCGGCUUCCUCUCCUCUCUCUCAAAAUGUCAUAAUAUGACAGAGAUUUAGUUUUAGAGAUAUUUUAGUUAUUUUGGCACAACCCUGCCCCAAAUGACCCCCACUUGUAUAAC